GGUAUAUAACAUGAAGAAUAGAGGUCUCUAUUCUUCAUGGUAUAUAACAACGAAUUAAUCCACCAUAAUAUUUCAAUUUUCUGCAUGCAUGCCUCUCUAAUAAGGCAUGCAGAUUCAUUGGGUUUGUCGAGUGGAAUUUCAUUGCAUCCCAAUUGUUCUUAUCACUGGCAGUUUCCUGCGGAAGGGCAAAUGUUAAUUUUUAAGCAUAAGCUUCUGCUCAUACAAUAAUAACCAAUUGCGAGUAUAAUUUUCCUUCAACAUUGAAAGAUACGAGUGAAGUGAUUAGGAUACCACAUAUAAGAAUUGAUAUUAUUUUACAAACUGGUGGUCAGGUGGGAGGAGGAAGCCUUACGUCUCAAUAUAAAACUCUCUCCGAUUGUCAUUCAAUGAUAAUUCAUAAUGGCAACUCCCAAGAAUGAUAAUAAGCCCAGUGUCAUCGUAUUAGGGGGAUGUGGUUUCAUUGGGAGAAAUCUUGUGUCUUACCUAAUUGAAAACGAGCUGGUCUCUUUUUUGCGUAUCAUUGAUAAAGUACCUCCGCAAACGGCCUGGCUUAACCAUAAACAUCAACAAAUCUUUGAAAAUCCAUUGGUUGAAUUUCGAAGUGCUAAUCUUAUAAAUCCAGGUUCUUAUCAAAAUGCAUUCGCCUGCGAUGACCAAAUCGAUUUCAUAUUCAACUGUGCCGGGGAGACGAAAAGUGGCCAAACCGAUCCUGUUUAUAAAGAAGGCAUUUAUAAAUUAAGCAUCAAUUGCGCCCAACAAGCUGCCAACCUUGGUGUUAAACGAUAUGUUGAAUUGUCAUCGGGCAAUAUGAGCUCAUCCGAAAAGGCACCCUUAAAAGAGAACGACACCCCAGAUCCCUGGACAUAUGUAGCAAAAUACAAAUUACAGGUUGAACACGACUUGAAAAAAAUUGUGGAUUUGAAGUAUACUAUCUUAAGACCAGCAAUAAUAUAUGGGCCAGGAGAUAAAAAUGGAUUAAUACCUCGUUUGGUUGUCGGGGCUGUUUACAAACACUUGGGGGAAAUGAUGAAGCUUCUCUGGGGACCGGAUCUUCACAUGAACACUGUCCACGUUAGGGAUCUUGUUCGAGCGAUAUGGUAUGUGGCCAAUAGGGAUGACACUAUUGGUCAAACUUACAAUGUAGUCGACGAAGCUGAUUCUACACAGGGCUCAAUUAGUGCCAUAGUUUCGGAGCUGUUCAAUAUUAAUCAUGAUUAUUGGGGAACCGCUUUAUCCACUUUGGCUAAAACGGAUAUGAAUUCUGUAGUUGAGGAAGUGAAUGAUAAGCACAUGGGGCCAUGGGCAGAGAUUUGCAAUCAAGAUGGAAUACAGAAUAGUCCCUUAUCUCCGUAUAUUGAUCAAGAACUGCUUUAUAACAAACAUCUCUACUUGGAAAUUGGAAAAUUACCCAACAUCGGAUUCACUUAUGAUUAUCCUAAACCGACGAAAGCAGCUCUCAAAGAGGUCUUGGACGAUUAUGCAUCGAUGAAGGUCUUUCCUCGUUCCUUGAUAUUAUGAAAGAUACAUCUUCCUAAUACUCCACACGGUAUUUGGAAAAUAUUCACCAAGACACGAUCGCCACACGGAACUAAGUAGAAAAAAUUCACUUUGUGCCUAAUGAUACAAAAACUAUUGGAUUUUCACGAGUAGAAUUCAAACGUAUUGCGUAUAUCGGCGCUCUCACAGAAUUUGAAAAUCAUCUAAGAGCGAUUUACAUGAAUAUUUAGAGACUUAACGGUACAAUGUGAUACGGGAAAAAUAUAUGUACUUAAUGAAUAAUGAAUAAUCAUUGCAACGAGCUCAAUUAAUUAGUCUAACGCUAGGCUAUCCUAGUCAAAUAUAUCUGGCCUGCCGAAAUCUGAUGCAACGAUUUAAUACCAACGGGAAAUUUUCGGUGUAGACUUUUCUCAAAAAAAAAAAGCAAAACAAAAAUAAAAUUUGUUACGAUUUUUUAGGAAUACGGAGAAAAUAUUUUUUUUUUAUACUGAAUAAUGGACCUAGUGCAUUUAGCUUGACAUUCCAAGCGAGUGUAAUAUUAAGAGAUGACAUCAGAAUUAGUCUUUUACAAGGAGUUGACUAUGAGUCAUGAAAAUUGUUACCAAUUAUCGUGUUUUCGUUUUUAAUGAGCGAAUCGAUUUUAAAUGAAUUGUGAUGAUAAAUGUUACGCUAAGUAGCAAUCUUCCAUAAAUGAGCAUAAUGAAGGAAUUAAUACUAGUUGUAUCUGUAUGAAUUAUCAUGUUUCGUACUUAUUCUAUUCUACUUAUUGGGCAAUGUACUUGUAUUAUCGUUCUUACUUGAUAUUUUGAUAAUAAAGUUGCUUCAUAGACAUUAUUGAUAAAAAAAAAGGGGGGGAUCUAAGAAGCUGAAAUAGUUA